UUGAAGUUCGGGCGUCCAGAGGCGAGCCGCACGGAGGAUGUCCGCGAACUUGAGUGGAUCAGACGGAGAUCGGACCAUGGAGCAGCGCAAAAGUCAGGUAUCCAGCCAUCCCUUUAGCGUGGAGUCGCUCAUAUCAAGCCACAAAACUAGUAAAGACUUCGAAAGAAGGCGUGAGGAGGAUUUAUGCAGUCCAUUGGCUAAGACUGAGAUCAGGGAUUCUUGUGGUUCGGCUGGAAUUCCAAAGCAAUUUAUGCAGACAUCACCUGUCAAAUCGGAAUCCCCUGAACCGGAUGACUGUACAUCAUGGGUGAUGGACUCUAGAUACUCUCAAACGCGUCAGGUAAGUCCAUGUCCUCUCCGCAAGCACAAGACCAACCGUAAACCCCGCACACCAUUCACCACGUCCCAGCUCCUUGCCUUAGAGAGAAAGUUCCGGCAGAAACAGUACCUGUCCAUUGCAGAGCGAGCAGAAUUCUCCAGCUCCCUCACCCUUACAGAGACCCAGGUGAAGAUAUGGUUCCAGAACCGACGGGCCAAGGCCAAACGUUUACAAGAAGCCGAGCUGGAAAAGCUCAAGCUGAGUGUCAAACCUACACUGCAUUCGAAUUUCAGUCUGCCUCUUCCUCUUGGGACCCAGCUUCAUUCGGCGGUCUCGCUCUAUGGGCAGACAUACCCCUAUCAGAGGCCUUUACUGCCUGUUGCUCCAGUAGGGAUUUAUGGAACCCCUUUAGGGUACAGCAUGUAUCAUCUAGCCUAAGAUCUAUGAACUUGUGCUGUUGUGCUGGGGAUGUAUACAAAGGAAAUGUUUACAUAAAGUAAAAAAAAGAAGAAAAAAAAAAAAGCAACAGUUAUCAAAUUCAGUAAAUAUUUCAUAAUGUGCCUUCGUACACAGGUCUUAAAUGCCUGAAAUGAAAUUCGGGAUAUCAUACCUCACUUUCCACUGACAGAGAGAUCAAAUUUGACCCUGUGGAUGGAUAAUUCUAUUGCCAAACCUUUUUGUACAAUAUAUUUGUAUCAUACAUAAUUAUGUAAUAUAUUGUAAAACUAAUUAUUGCUUGUACAAAAUUAUUGUUUUAUUAUUUAGAUAAAUUCCACUGCAAUUGAUGCUGAUUUAAUUUCAUUUCGUAAUAUGUUCUGACAAGCUUUAGAUUUUAUUAUUUUAUUUUUUAUUUUUUGUCUUAGCCACUUUCUUUUCUAUUAAAGCCCUAGGUAUUUUUGCUUAAAUAUUUUAAAAGAAUUUAAAUGCCAAGUUGAAUGCUUUAAUAUAAGCAAACUAUUGGUAUAUUCACAUUGAGAAGAAACAAACAUUGAGUUUUUACAUCAAAAGUUUAAAGAUUUUUUUGCCCUAUACUUUUUGUUCUAAACAUUCAACAAAAUGUUUAACAAAGAAACAAGUUCUACAAUAUCAUAUAUGCAAUUAUGUUUUUGAAAUUAGUCACUUGUAACUAAAAUAUGGAACUUUUAUUUUUGUGCGACAUUUAUACAUAAUGUUUAUAUUUAUACUGUAAUUGUACUUUUCUGAAAUGCCUUUAAAAGGUGAUGACAUGUACAGUUAGUAGAUUCUAAGAACGGUAUUUGACUUUUUUAAUAAAAAAAUAAAUACAACAGCAUUUGUUUAUUAAAUGUUUUAUUAUAUAUUUAAUAUUACUUUUUAUUAAAACAUACUAUUUCAAAAAGCACUUCAGGAAGUUUAGUUCAGAGAAGAAUACUUUCUUUAGUAAUUCAGCUUCAAAAUCGA